AUCCCUCCAGGCCGCUUGAAGUGCCUGUCAAGCUGCUGCAUGAUGUUUCUUCUUCCCUCCACUGCGCCGCGUUCGGUGUCUUCGAACGUGUGCAACGAUCUCAACGACUGCCGACGGCUCUUUGACAUCGUCUGGGGCUGCCUGAUAACGAUCUUCCUCUGCAUAUGGGUCUCAGUCCACCCCAAUGUGCCCCCACCCUCCCUACACCAUCCAGAGAAGGACACAAGCCUUUGGUCCCGCACUCGGUGGCGUCUAUUCGACGCAAGUGAGCCUUUAGUGCGACGGAUGAAGCUUAUGGCUGUCGCGCUCAUCGCCCCGGAGCUCAUCAUUGGUUUUGCGAGCAGGCAACUCCUUAUGGCGCGGAGAUUCUCUCGAAUGAACGGUGUAUCGCUGGCGCACGGCUUCUUUUUCGUCAUGGGCGGCUUCGUUGACGUCGAUGGCCAUCCAAUUGUGACGGAGAACCAGCUCAAUCUGCCUGGAGUGCUGGAAGCAAUUUGUGCUGUCCCAGAGUCCGCCAUCAGGGACAAAAGCAAGGGUGACAUAUUCUCCAAGGGUAUUGCCUUUUGCCAGGGGCUGUGGUUCAUCGUGCAGUGUCUUGCCCGCGGCGUACAACACCUGCCACUUACGGAGCUCGAGGUCGCGACGCUUGCGUUCGCCACGAUCAAUGCACUGACGUGGCUACUGUGGGUAGACAAGCCGCUCGAUGUGCAAGACCCUCUCACUAUCCAACUACGGACUUCUCCAGAAGCCGACUCAGACUCAAUGUUUAGUCCCAAUCCUCAAGCCCCCGCGCGCCAUGUCUACCCCGCUUCUAUCCCUUGGCAAAAACGAUUUGAGGCGCCCAUCUCGAACAUCUAUCAGGUUCCCAGUCACUACAAUCCGCUUACCAACACAUUCGUGCCUACGUUCUGGUGCGCAGACCCCAGAGACAGUGGCACGCAGAGCCUGAACACAGCAUGGAGCCUGACAUUUGUCGGGCAGCUUCUCUGUGGCGCUGUCUUCGGCGCAAUCCACUGCGCCUCGUGGUCAACAACCUUUCCAUCCGUUGCCGAGAUGUGGUUAUGGCGCGCCUCCACAAUCAUCAUCAUCGCAAUGCCGCUCGCGCUAUUGCUUGUCACCGUCGGCGCAAAUGUGAUCGAGGUCUUGCCAGACAGUGCAGCCAAUGUGUUGCUCCUGAUCAUUAGUAUGCUCUAUUGCAUUGCGCGGGGAUUACUUUUAGGGUUACCACUAUCAACCUUGCGAGAAUUACCGGCGGGGGCUUUUUGCGGAUAUCAACUGGAGUUUAUAUAUUCCGCAUCUGUAGUGAAAAUGAAAUAA